GAAUGACGUCAGUCGGUGAGGGAGGCUGAUGGUCUGAAAUCGGACAGGCUGUCGAGCGCAACGACAGUGCGCAGGUUGAGCACAAAGACUGCAGUUUUAGAAGGAUUUGUUGUCCAGCUCUCGGUACGAAAGUGAAAGGUUGGAAAAAAUAAGGCAGCACACGGCCAUGUCCAAGGAUAAGAGCAGCUACCCUGUGAUGGGGGAGACCAACCCUUUGCACAACUCCGUGUUCGGACAGCCCAGCCCCACCAGCUUCGCCAUGCCCCCCCCCAACUACAGCCAGGCCCCCCCCGGGGGCGCACCCUACCCCUCGCCCGCUGCCUUCGUGCAGCCGGGGUUUGGCCCCGCCCCCUACCCGCAGAUGCCCUAUCCUCCGGGCCCUUACCAGCAGGCCCCGCCCCAACCAGACUUCGCUGCUGGGUCCACCGCUCCUCUGAACAACCCUGGUUACCACGGUGAUGUACCUCCAUCUUACUAUGGCAACGAGGAGUUCAGCAGCUCAGGCUUUGAGGACAAGUCAAUUCGGCAGGCCUUCAUACGCAAGGUGUUUCUGGUCCUGACCGUCCAGCUGCUGGUCACCUUCUCCUUCGUGGCGGUCUUCACCUUUGUGGACGAUGCCAAGCGCUUCGUGCGGAUGAACCCGUGGACGUACUACGUGUCCUACGCCAUCUUCUUCGUCACCCUCAUCGUGCUCAGCUGCUGCGGAGAAUUUCGCCGCAAACACCCCUGGAACCUGGUGGCGUUGUCCAUCCUGACGCUCAGUCUGUCCUACAUGGUGGGGAUGAUCGCCAGCUUCUACGACACGGACUCCGUCAUCAUGGCUGUGGGCAUCACGGCUGUAGUGUGCUUCACUGUGGUCCUCUUCUCUCUGCAGAGCAAAUACGACUUCACUUCCUGUCGGGGGGUCCUGUUCGUCUGCCUCAUCGUGCUGCUGCUCUUCUCCUUCCUCUGCAUCUUCAUUCGCCACCGGAUCCUGCACAUCGUCUACGCGUCCCUGGGAGCGCUGCUCUUCACCUGCUUCUUGGCUGUGGACACCCAACUGUUGCUGGGAAACAAGAAACUGGCUUUGAGCCCGGAGGAGUACAUCUUUGCCGCGCUGAAUCUCUACACCGACAUCAUCAACAUCUUCCUGUUCAUCCUGGCCAUUGUGGGCCGGGCGCGCGAUUGAGCGCCCCCUAGGGGACAGGAUGCACGUCUUCUCCACACCCUUCAGAGGCCAGGCUUGAAAAAAAAAAAAAAAAACACUCUUCACUAAUUUUCACUCAGUCACAGCCCGAAAAAGUUU